AUCUUUUGUUCAGACAGAGAGUUAAAUAAUGUGCAGUAUUAACAAAUGUGACAUAUCCUCAUGGCUUUCAAAAUUAUUAUAAAUUUGAAUUCACUUCACCAUAGAGACGAUGUCUGUGAGAAAUGAGUUGCCUCUGAAAUCUGCAGAGUGGGAGGGUUAUGCAUCGUGUGUUCUACAUAUUAAAGACCACAAGAAGCUGCUUACUGUCUCAGUGUGCUGACUUGUCUUUUUAAAAGUGUGGAAUUUAUUCAAUUCGCAAAAUGUACAGAGGACUGGUAUUGAUGAUUGUGAUAUGUAGUGUGACAGGGUUCAACAUUCAAAUAUUGCCAGUGAAGAGUUUCGCAAUGGGCGAUAGUCUGUUUGGGCAAACAGUUAUUCAGUCAACAGAUGGUGUUUUUGUUCCUUCUCCAACAACUGGAAUGCUUUUUAAAUGCACACUAGAUAAGGGAUGUGUAGAAGUAGGUUCUAAUGAUGAUUCAAGAAAAGGCAUGAGACCUAUAGCAUCAGUAGCGACUAGCUUGACAUCAGAAGAGGAGCACAUUUUGGUGUGUAAACAAGUCCGCACAAAGAUCUCAGGAAGUGAUAAUUUGAAUGGAAAUUGCAUGCUGAUGAAUCCAACAGGAAACAUUCGAAUUAAUCCUGCUGAAUUAGUGUCAAAGCAAAUUGAAGAAAAUGCUGAACGCAACAGCAACAACAAUAACAAUCGUUAUCGGAGUGGAGGGAUCUAUCAAGUUAAACAGAGAAUGAGAAGAGACUCCCAUCCGAGUAGCGACACAAAUGCAGACGAAGACGAGGAUGAUGAUGAUGCUGGGACAGAGAUUGCUUUUGUGCUGGAUGGUUCUGGUAGCAUUGACGCUCCCGACUUUGAAAGAGCCAAAGACUUUAUCUACAAUGUUAUGAUGAAAGUUUGGAAAACAUGUUUCAAUUGUGAAUUUGCAAUAGUGCAAUUUGGAAGUAGGAUUAGGACAGAACUCUCACUGCUAGACAACGCUGAGGGCACCAAAACCUUGGAAACGGUCAAGAACAUACAGCAAAUUUACAAUCUCACAAAGACUGCCUCUGCAAUAAAUCAUGUGCUUACAGAUAUUUUCGUCCCUGAGAAUGGAUCAAAAAAUAACUCCAGAAAAAUAAUAAUUGUAGUGUCUGAUGGAGAAAUUUUGGGAGACACUAUGAAUCUCACAGAUGUUUUGCAAAAGCCACAAAUGAAUGGAAUCAUUCGCUUUGCCAUUGGUGUAGGUGAUAAGGUUCUGUCUGUUCCUAAAGCAAUUAAAGAGAUGAAGGAAAUAGCGGAUCCCAAUAACUUUUUCAACGUUUCCAAUUAUGCUGCCUUAGACAGCAUUCUAUCCCUACUGGAACAAAGUAUAACUGAAGGAAUCGAAGGUACUCAGCAAGGUGCAGGAUUUAAAUUCCAGCUCGCUGAAGCUGGAUUCAGCACACACAUACUGCAUGAUAAAUCAGUUCUUUUUGGAGCAGUGGGAGCAUAUGACUGGAGUGGUGGGGUCAUUUUGAAGUCUGAUGACAGUGUGAAAUUUUUGAAUGACUCUGAGAAUGAACCCAAAUUUUCCUAUUUAGGUUACAGUGUGGCCUCUGCUCGUUUACCCACUAAAACUGUCUAUAUAUCUGGUGCACCACGGUAUAACUUGACAGGUGGAGUAUUUAUAUUUGAAGGGUCUGAAAAUUAUGUUCUCCAGGGUGAUCAGGUUGGAUCUUACUUCGGAUCAGUUAUUUGUGCCUUGGACAUUGACAUGAAUGGAUACAUUGAUUAUCUGUUAGUUGGGGCACCACAUUUCCAUCAAAAUGGGGAAGAAGGCAAGGUGCUGGUGUACAAACUGAAUCAGCAGGAAAGGUUUGAGAGUGUGGACAGGGAGUUGCGGGGUGAUGCAGGACAGACCUUUGCUAGGUUUGGUGCUGCCAUAGCUUCCAUAGGAGAUAUUGAUGGGAACAAGUACAAUGACGUUGCAGUGGGUGCUCCUCUAGAAACAGAUUCCUCAGGAAGCAUUUACAUUUACAAUGGAUUUAAAGCUGGUCUUCAGUUUUCACAAAAAGUUUCACCCUCACAUUUUGGAGUAAACCUUAAGUAUUUUGGUCAGUCAGUAAGUACCAUAGGCCUACCUGAAACGACAUGGAUCAAGCCUUGCAUUGCAGUUGGAAGUCAAGGAGUAGUGACAGUUUUUGAGACCAUACCUGUCGUGAUAAUCAAACCAACUAUCACAAUUGAGCCGGAUGAGAUUCCUCUCACUGAACAGAUGAUUGAAAUACCAAGAAAGUUUAUCAUAAAGUUAUCUGUGUGCUUUAGCACCGUAAAAGGGCAAUUAAGGAAAAAUGAAAAUCUUCCUAUUCAGUUCCAAAUUGACUUGGAUUCUGGUGUAAACAAAAAGCGCCUCGUCGCUGAUGGCAGUGAUCUUAUACAGUCCACCUUAUCACUGACAUCAGAUGCAGAGUGCAUUGAACCUAUCGACCUAAAAUAUUUGGGUUGUUAUGACUGUUUUUCAUCUAUUAAAAUCAAGUUACAUUUUUCAUUGGCCCCAAACUCCAAUGGAUCCCAUUUGCGAAUUCUCGAUGUAUUUACUCCAACAGAGGCUGUAAAAGAGAUUGCCUUUAAAAAGGAAUGCAAGAAUGAAGUGUGUAAGCCAAGUAUUUCAUUAUCUGAUUCAAAGAUUAGCGAGAAUAUGAUUAUAAUUGGAGAAACUCAAAGCUUGAAUAUCAUUUUCAAUCUUACAAACACAGAAGACCCAUCCUAUUUGACAAUCCUAACUUUGACCUACCCAAACAUACUCAACCAAAAGAAAACAGAAGGUGCUCCCUGUCCAGUAAAGAAUGAGAAUCAGAUACAGUGUCAUCUUCAACACCCCGUUUUUCGCAAAUAUUCACAGACCAGCCUCUUCAUCUCUUGGCAGCUCAAUGACACUAAAUCUGAGCUAAAUAAUUCUGAGAUUAUCGCUAAUUUAACCAGUAAUAAUGAGGGUGCCCAAGUUCUGGACUCUAAAAUAUUCAAGUUUGAUGUGAAGUAUUCCUUACCAAUACAGCUAACUGGCACAGCCUCCCCAAACAGAUUCCGUAUAGAAGAGGGUGGGAAGGGUGGCACUGAACAACUGCUUCAAUUUGAAUUUGAGUUUGUGGGUGAAAAUAAGUAUGGCGCUACAAUCGAUUUAUCUGUUAACAUAACAAAGGUCACCUUGAAAACAGAGAUGCACAUCAACAAAGUGACACCAAAGGAGUGUGUUAUGCCCCAUAAUAAGAAAGUCGAGGGAUCCUUUCUCAUCAAGUGUGCCAUAAAAGAGUUGCAGAAAAUUAUCAUUGAUGCAAAAGUCUUAAUACAUGAUGUGCAGGAAAAAUCUGACAAUAUCAUUGCUGUGGGGCAAUACAGCUUUGAUGAAACCCUCUAUACUGCCAAGGACACUUUAAGGACUGUUCCAGUGGAAGUGACGAUAACAAAGCUGCCGGUGACUACAUCUAAAGGUCCCAUCAUAGGAGGCUCCAUAGGAGGAUUUCUGCUCCUUAUCAUCAUCAUUAUCAUUCUCAUAAAGUGUGGCUUUUUUCGUCGGCGGCAUAAAAUGGACCAAACACAGAGAUCAAACUGAAGACCUGCAAAGCAAAAGAGGGAUCAUUUUUGUCCACAUAUCUUGCUUAUGUUUGUGUCAAGAAAUAACUAUUUUUUAGAUAAACGUUAUAAACUAUUUCUUGUUUGUAUCAACAAUUUAUUUGUGAACAGAUGAUUUUUUACUAAUAAGUUGUAUUUAAUAUAGUCUGUACAGAAAGAAUGAAUAUGGAUAAGUGUUAUAAGGGCCAUUCUACCUAAUUAAUUCAAACUGUGGUCCCACAAUAAAAAAUAACUAUUAAAAGAAAAUUCAGAUAUUGGAUAUUUCAUAAGAAUAUGUUAUGGCAUUUAAACCAGAGGCAUUCAUUGAGAUAAUGAAUAUGCACUAUAUAUAUAUAUAUAUAUUAGGGCUGUCGAUUUAACGCGUUAAUUCAGUGCGAUUCAUUUUAUUAAAAAUAACGCAUUAAGAAAAUUAACCCAAUUAAUUGCAAUGCCCCCGGACCGUAAUAAGGAAGAUUCCUGAGAAAUGCAAGCUUGUAGUACCACCUGUUUACUCCAGAGGGCAGUAAGUGAAACUUCAGCUAUGUGGUAACACAUACAGUGAACAAAACAACCAUCCAGCAGACACACAAAACAAACAUGCGUUACGUUCUUGCGUUUAAAACACUUGAUGGAGCGCAAAUCCGAACUAAGGGAUCUCAAGAUGUGUUCUAAGUAUUAAACUAUAUUUAACUUGACACAGUGACCUAAAAAUGUAUGUUACUGACGCAACACACCCGAGACGUCUGAAGAAGGUGUACAUUGACGGGUCCUUAAACAAGCCCUCAUAAUAAAUCUCCAACUGAUUGACAAAUUCACUUGUGAAAUGGAUUUCUGUGAACUGUGUGCCAAUGAUUAGAUUAUGAUCAAUAAUAUGUUAGUAAACAAUAUAUUGUAUUCUAAAGCCACUAUUUGUAUCGUCUUAUCAAUGAUUAACUCUUCUGCCACAAGAAUGUAAUGCAUUUUAAUUAUCU